UUCCAGUCGUGGGAGGAGCAACAAUACAGCAGAUUUACCGUGAGCAGACGUGGCAGCGAAUGACGUCAUCAAAGUGAGUCUGUGGUUCUUUAUGGGAAAUCAAACUGAUCCAGCUAGCAGUUUCCGUGGACGCUGAAGGUCAAGGAGAUGAUGGAAGAGAGUGGGAUUGAGACUACACCUCCAACCAGCCCUACACCACCAAUGAGUGCAGCUGCUUCAGUCAGCCCUCCGCCAAUGAGCGUAGAUCCAUCAAGCCAUCCUAUUGCUGCAGGCACCAGCUCAGUGUCCAUUUGUUCCCCGUCAAUCAGUGCUGUUCCGCUUCCUGCUUUCAGUGGUCCACCUUCCAUCUUUCCUCCUCCGCCGUCUUCACUUGCCGGCCCCUUUAACACCAAUACAUCCGUCUCUGUGCCUCCCCUGGGCUCUUCCACCGGACCACCUUCCUUUUCUUCCGGUGCACCUCCUGUUGGGCCUCCUAUUUCUAAUUUUUCCAUGAGCGCAGGAUAUGACAUCACACGGGGUCAUGCUGGUCGAGCACCACAGACACCGCUGAUGCCAACUUUUUCCAGCCCAACCUCAAUUCCAGGUGUACUUUCUAACCCUAUGGUUCAGCAACCUGCCAUGACUGGGGGUUUAGAUGCCAGAUCCCCAAUCACUUUCCCUGAGGAGCAGGAGGAUCCCAGAGUAUCUGCGGACAACGGUGGCAAUGGAGGUUUAUGGGGCUUUUUCAAGGGCGUCGCUGGGAACCCUGUUGUUAAAACAGUCCUGGAUAAGACCAAACAUUCUGUAGAGUCGAUGAUUACCACUCUGGAUCCUGGCAUGGCUCCAUAUAUCAAGUCCGGAGGGGACAUUGACAUUGUUGUGACAUCGGAUAAAGAGAUGAAUGUUGACGCAGUCCGGGAUGCUUUUCAGGAGGUUUUUGGAAUGGCUAUGGUGACAGGGGAAAUUGGCCCUUCCAACAUUGCCCCACAGCCUGUGGGUUAUGCGGCGGGGCUCAAGGGGGCUCAGGAGCGCAUUGAUAGUUUGAGAAGAUCGGGUGUGAUCCACGAGAAGCAGCCAGUGGUCUCAAUGGAAAAAUUUAUUGCUGAGCUCUUUCCUGACAAGUGGUUUGACAUCGGCUGUUUGAUCCUGGAGGACCCUGAUCAUAACACCCGAGUGGAGGUCUUCACACAGGCAACCCCUCUGGCUCUCGAACAUGUCCAGCAGGCUCAGUCCCUGACCCCUCCAGACUACAGCCUUCGAUGGUCCGGUCUUAUGGUCACAGUAGGUGACGUCCUGGAGCGCAGCCUGCCCAAUGUAGAUAAAACAGAAUGGCUUCUGGCGAUGACUGGGAUGACACAACGGCAGAUGAUCUAUAGUGCUGCCAAAGCGUUGGCUGGAAUCUACAAACAGAGGCUGCCACCCAGGACUGCAUGAGGCUCUGCUGAAUUUUGUGUCUGGGAGCAUUUCAGGACAUUUUGAAGGAGUAGCAAACUGACAGCUAUCUAUUCGUCAAUGAGAUCAGUCACAGCUCCAUGUUUUUCCUCACUGAGCAAGACGGUAAUGGUAUAAAUUUUAAUUGACAUUCCAACACAACUGGAUUUUACUCUUGCAUAUCACUGAGAAUAAAAAUAUUUUAGAAAGUAAUCAUAAUCUGCUCAUCUUUUCUGACAUUAUAUAUUGGUAUGUACUUGAUGUGAGGUUUUGUGUAAUUGUUUACCCUUUUUUUUUUGUCCCAGCUGUUGUUUUCAAAUGGAAGACGUUAAGAAUGAUACAAUAUUUGGCCCAGCCUUUUGCAUAUGAUUCAGUCCGAACAAAACCAAAAACAAAUGCUGAAACGGAAACCUGAAUCAUUGUGCCGUAUUGCCUUAUUAAAAUAUAUGAAGGGUCAUCUCUGACCCUUUUUUAAAAAUAAAAUCAAAUGCAAUCAAGA